UGUCACCGUGCAACCGGAACGCACAAAAAUGAAGUUGAAGGUCCAAAAAAGAUGAGGUUGUCAACGAAGGUUGUACGUUCUAGGUCUCGUGGGCCCUUGUAUUCUGUGGAAUACCUUGACCUAUCUUGUCUUGGUAUCGUUACAAUCGAUGGGUUGAAACGAUGCAGCAGAUUACAAGUUCUUCUUCUACAAGGGAAUCAUAUAGAGAUCGUACAAAACUUGGAAAUGUGUUACAGCCUAUGGAAGUUAGAUCUCUCCAACUGCAAGUUGAGCAACAUUGACGGCUUGUCAAAGUUCAUCGCCCUGGGUACCCUAAACCUUGCCAAUAACAACCUAGCAUGGCCGGAGCUGAUGAAGAUCCGCCAUAUGCACAUCUUAGACCUCAGUCUCCAUGGCAACAACAACAUGGAGAAAGAUAAAUACUAUCGUAUUCAUGUGAUUGACAGCCUUCCUAAUGUUUGGAUGCUAGACGGUCGCAUUGUCACAUCUGCUGAGCGAAUCCAGGUGGAACAUUUUUUCCAGGACUCGGCCCUCAGUGAAAGACCAGUUAGGCACAAGUUAACACGAGAGCAGUUUGUGCCAUCUUCUAUGAAAAAGCUCCAAGUCAGUGGAAUAUAUGGUGAACGGACCACGCAUUUCAUGAUGCGGUUCCCAACAAAGGGUGCCCUCAAUGUUGAGACAGAUAACAGGAGAUUGCGAUAUUUAUCAUACUGCUUGCAGUUUGACCUACUUCUGGAAGUGCAGCACAGAAAGAGAAACCAGAGACUAACGCUAUAUGAGUCUAACUACUUGGAGUGUCUGCUGGGGGCUAGACCCAUUGAGAGAGACAGGUGUAAUGUACUCCUGCUACUACUCAUAGCGUCGCUGGAAUUCUCUCUCCCUACUAACCUGGUCCAGGAAACCCUCAGUGCUGCCAAGCUGAUGGAAAUAGGGGGUGUGGAUACCAUUGAGUUAUUCUUGAUGCCGAGGGAUCAUAGAUGUCAGAUUGCUUCACUCCUCCUCAGUGCAGUCAAAGUGGACAGAGACGACAAAAAGGAUGGUGGUCUGUACGAUCGGUUGUACCUGUGCCUGUACCACACUGUGACUGAUCUAUAUAGGAGGAUGCAUGCAGACAUUGAUCCAUCUUCCCCUCAGCCUUCCCCAAGGAUAAAUGAAGAGUCCAGGGAAUUCAAGUCACUCUUAGCAGCAGAGGUUGUUCAGCUCUUCUGCAUCGUACCUGUCUUCUUUGACUACGUCACCAAGGAGUCUGGGGUCAUGCGUCUGGUUUCAUUGGCCACAGCGGAUGUAACCGUUGUGGAUAAGGUCGCUGAACUCAUCGAGCGAAUAACAAGACAAGGGGGUGACCUGAGGCGCAUCAUCGAGGAGGUAGCAGAAUUCAUCAUCAACGGACUCAACAAGAACACCAAGAUUGUUUUAAAUAAAAGAAUACCAGUCAAAAGCUCUUCUAGCUAUGUAUUGUCUACACCAAAAGCCCUUCCUAGAAGACCCCAGUCCUCCCCCGUCCAUGCCAGUUCGUAUCUAGCCGUCGGUCGACCAAGCCCAGAGCGCCCUCUAACAUCUCGAACACGUCCAUCUACAGCUCAGAGUCUGAGCGUGACCGGACGACAACAACGACUGCCGAGACUCGGAGAUAAGAUGCUGUUAGCGCCUCAAAAUCUUGGGUUUAUCAUCGCGUUGCCGGAGUGUGACAUCGCUCUGGUGCAGCUGGAUUGCAUACCAGACCUGAUCCUUAAUCUCAAGGCACAAGCCCCCAAUGGCUCAGUAGUGAAGAGUACCAGUGAUGUUGAUAAGAACUACUGUUACAUUGACAUGAAUCAAGUGAGAUGGGAUGGUCAAUACCAGUACUGGAAGCCAGUCGGAACCACGGGUGAUAGGAUAACAAUACAGAAUAUUGAGGAGAAGCUCCCGUCCAAUCCACCCACCAGCCCAACCACGGGUAACACGCCCCCUUACAGCCCAAGGGAGGACCCGCACUUACCCCCAUCACCAGCAGGAGAGAUAGAUGAUUUGCCACGUUCUGUCUCGGUCCUCCUCAGAGAGAGUCUUAGAAUCUCUCCUCAAAUCCACAUCCUCGACAGUAACGAGUCUGCGUCGCCUCCAACUACAAAUCGAUCUCCUCCAACUACGAAUCGAUCUCCUCCGACUACAAAACGAUCGCCACGACAGGAAGAGACAAAUGAGAUAACGGAACUCACCAAGAGUUCAGAUGAGGCUGUGCUUUACGAUUGCGUCAAGUGUGCGAUGGAAGUUGUGAGAUUGAACAAUGAUUUCAUGAGCCCAAGAGAUGGAGAUGAUGAAGGGAGAUUGGAAGAAGAUGCUGAGGAGGAAAGGAGAUUGGAGGAGAGUGGCGAUUAUGAGGAAGAGAACGAAGCAAGAGAAGAGAGGCCAGCGUCGGCGCGCUCCUUGAGGGGUUUGACCGAGAGGGCAGUCGAUGAUCGUUUACUGGAUGAGAUCACUGAUGCUAACACUCAAACUCCACCCGGUACAAGGAGGAUUAGUCGUCAAUCUUCUACUGAGAAAAUAGUUUGUGAGCAACCAGACGAAAGGCAGCUCCCAGCAAGACCGAAGACAGCAAGCGGGCCAUCAAGAGCAACAUCGGCAAAGUCGACGGCAAGCAAUACCUCAGUUACAAGCACUCGGUCUCGUACCAUAGAGGUUGAUCUAAGACCAGAUAGCGAGAUGUUCUCUGAUUAUCAAAUGGAUCGUACUGAGGAGUGGAAGCGGACAUCUAAGAGGCCACAGUCCUCAAGAAGCCUCGGAGGAUCAUCACGAUCUUCAACACCAACACGAGGGCGCUAUCAUGAGCCAUCUGGAAGUCCUGUCUUGGUCCAGACGGCCAAUAAUUGGCUAGCUGGCGGUAUGAAUGUUCAUCAUAUAGAGAAACUGACCAAUCGGAUGAAAAUUCAUCAUACUCCGGGAUGGAUGGAAGGAGUCAGUGGCCGGCGUCCACAAUCCGUCGGACCUAACAGAACAAGGAGUUUGCAAAAAACAGGUAACCGAAGAAAUAUCAAGUCAGCUGGGAUGUCAAGGGAUUCCUCUGGAAUGUAUACAGCUUCCCACAAGCCUACUCCAUCCCCAGCCUCCUCGGAUUAUAACUUCUCCCUCGUGGACCAGGCACCAGACUACCUGGACCAAGCUCGUCAGCAUAACUUCACUAGAUCAAUGACCCCACCCUACGGUGGCCGCCAAAGGCCACCAUCACCGCUUGGCAUGCAAAUAAAGUGAUGCUGGACUCUAAAUGCUAAAGCCCUAAAGCAGCUAAUGGUAAAAAAUGCAUUGGGUGCUGUGCUGAAGUUAGCAUUGGGUGCUGUGCUGAAGUUAGCAUUGGGUGCUGUGCUGAAGUUAGCAUUGGGUGCUGUGCUGAAGUUAGCAUUGGGUGCUGUGCUGAAGUUAGCAUUGGGUGCUGUGCUGAAGUUAGCAUUGGGUGCUGUGCUGAAGUUAGCAUUGGGUGCUGUGCUGAAGUUAGCAUUGGGUGCUGUGCUGAAGUUAGCAUUGGGUGCUGUGCUGAAAGCCUCUACUCCUGACGCCG